GAAAUGGAGUACGGAUCCAAAGACCUUCGAGCGGAGGAUAGUGAUUGCGAAGACGAUAGUCUAAGCUACAUAUCAAGCCCAAAUUUAACGCCAAUACCAAUCAAGAAAUUUAAACAGCCAUUAUUGGGUGAUGCGAGUACAGUAUGUUCAGAUAAUAUGCCAUGCUGUCGAAUCUGUCAAUUACCAGGAGAUAAAACAGAGAUAUUGUUUUCACCUUGUCGAUGCAGUGGAAGUUUAAAAUUUGUACAUUAUGCAUGCCUAUUGAAAUGGUUAGAGAUUCUGUCAAAGAAAACAAAGAAACCACCCCAAUGUGAAUUGUGUCAUUUCCUGUACAUUCGUCACAAACGCUUCAAGUUGCAUAGCUGGAGAUUUCCACGAGUUAGUUUACGAGACAAGUUACUUCACGUCACAUUUUUCUUCAACUUAUUGGUAAUGGUGAGCUGUGCCAUCGCUACGGCGCUGUGUUUUCUAUCUGAUAAAGGACAAGUAACGAAAUUUCCUAAGAACAAAGUGGAACUCACAACUGAAGAAAUACUCACUCUAAGCUGUGGAGUUAUGUUUUUCGUGUCAUUCUUUAUUGCCAUGACAGUUGAAAUAAAAGCUAAACAUACUGUCUACAAACUGUUACGGAAAUUUAUUCGUCACAACACAGAAUGGCAGAUUGAACCCUACAACAAGAGUAGUGACUCAUACCAUGGACCUCCACAAAUGGUUUGAGUUGGAGGGAACGGGAGAUCUGUUAAAACUUUCUGUGAUUGUUAGUGGUAAAAACAACGCUUUAUAUUGGAAAUUUUCAUUAUUAUUUUUGGCUUUAUUUUCAUUCACUUAUUUUCUUUAGAUGCUUAAUUAAGAAAUUGUGUUUAACAUAAUUCAUUAAGAAGCUAUGAUACAUGAAUCUUUAACUGUAUGAUGACUUGAAAUUGAUUUAAAUUCAAUAUGUUUUCUGUAAUUGUAAAACAAUGUGGUGAUUAGGACAAUUAAAUGGCACAAUUUUAAAGACUAGGAUGUACAUGAGAUGUACAUGUGACCUGGACAAUUGUUAUGAUAGGUUUGUUCGAUUGUGUCUUAUAAACCAUGAUAUGGUAUGAGUGAGUGUUUAUUUUUCCAAUUGAUAUUAAGACUGAAUGAUGUGAUGUAUGUUAUAAGAUGUAUUUGAAUUUAUUUCUAUUAAGGAUGAGGCAUAUUAUAUAUUGAUAAAUUGUGUGCAGAGACUUUAUAUACUUUAUUAACUGGUAUAUUGGAUAGACUUGAACAUGCCAGUGAACAUAUUAUUAACUGGUAUAUUGGAUAGACUUGAACAUACCAGUCAGUAUAUUAUUAACUGGUAUAUUAUAAAGACUUGAACAUGCCAGUCAGUAUAUUAUUAACCGGUAUAUUGGACUGACUUGAACAUGCUUGGUCAAUGGUUAUGGGCCCUUGUACUGGUAUUGGAUAGACUUGAUUGUUCAAGCCUGAUGAAUUAAUUGUUUGUUUUUAUGAAGGAUAUGUGUUUUGGAGCACCUGAUCUCAAAAACUUUAACAAAUUUUAAUCAGUACAUGGAUACAAUAAUGGCAUUUGGGGCACAACAAUUUAAAUCCAAAACUAAUUUCAAAGUUUUUGAGAUUAGGUCUCUGGUGUGAUAUAUUUAAUUUUUUUAUAAUGAAGCUAAAUUAUAAGAAGGUAAACCACAUGUCUUUCAUUCUGUAAUAAUGCUGAUAUCAGCAUUUUUAUUCAUUUCUAAUAUUUGACCUCAUCAAGCUUUAUUGGUUCAUCUUGAACAUGUUUUAUUUCUUAAUAGCAAAGUUAUUCAAACAAUAGAUCAUUGAGUUACAAUUGACAAUGGCUGUUUUGUUUGUAGGUGAAGGGCAUAUACAGAAUCAUGUGAUCUGUUGAAUAAAACUUGUCCUGUGAAGUUAUAUUCUUUAAUAUCAAAUUAUAUUGUAAGUUUUGGAAGGUAUUACAAGCUUAGCAUGUCAAUAAGUUAUUCUACAUGUGUAUGGAAAUAAAUUUAUGUUAUAUAAGUAUGAUUUUUAUCAAUCAUACAGAUUUAAUUCCAAUAUACUGUCCUUGUUCAGUGAAUUGGCAUUUCUCUUUCAUGAUUGGGAAAAAUUGUCACUUAAAGACAGUUAAGUAGGUUAAUAAGAAGCAAUUACUAAUUUCACAAAAGAUAUAUCAACUUAACUAUUCUGAUUGGUCAAUCUAAUUUAAAGCUACAUUAUUGACCAAUCAAAAUAUAGGUAAUGUCAGUUAUGAUAUCUUAUUAUCUUCAACAAUUAUAAUAAAUACCAAAUGCUCUAUUGUAUUCAACUAUGUCUUGCCAUGAUUGUGAUUUUAAAGAGCCUGAAAUUGAUAGAAGCCUAUUUCAUAUCUUUACUGUACGUAAUCCAUGCUUCAGCCAUGAUCAUCAUUACAUAUAAUACCAUUCUGCAUUUAAAUUGCCGCACAAUUGUAAAUAUAAGAGGGUGUGUAUAUAUGAGAGUUAUUUAGCUGUGUAAAGUGCUAUAUUGUCUCGUGUAAUUGUUGAUUAUCUACCAUAUUUAUAUAAAUAACUAGUGUUAUAUAUUCAUGUAAAUAUGUAUAUUUAUUCUGUUUUUCAUUCAUCUCAAUGCUUUAACAUUGGCCCAUCGCUUAUACUUUUUCAUUAAAAAUUUAAAAAUUAUUGAA